AUGGGUUCAGCAUCUGUUCCUGUGACUCCUCAUGUUAAGCGUUCAGGAAUCACAGUUAAUCGGCGUGCAGAUCAUUUCCCCCAGGUACCUCUUCGCCCAUCAGAAUCCAAUAGUUUUUUAACAGACCCAAACGGGGGUCGUUUCGUUGCUGCAAAUCAUUCCAACCAAAAAGUGAUUUCGUAUCCGUCUUAUCUGGCAGCAAAUACUGGUUCCGUUUAUCCUCACGGAUGGCCAUGUGAAGUUGCCAUGAAGCCGCUGUGGUCUGGUGACCAUUGCACAACAUAUGAAGUGCCAGUCAGAUCUGUUGAAGAGUCUACAUUCCGGGAACAGCAGCCAUCUUAUACUCCGUUUUUGAAUGCACCUGGUAGUCUACCAACUCUUCACAAUGAUGGAAUUUUCUAUCCCAUCUCCAGGAUUAAGCCAACUCAUGUUUCGCAUAUUAGUCAUAGUCCAUGGACUUGUGUUGGCAAAUCAACUCGAUAUCAUCCUCCAGCAGCAUGUCACAUGUGUUCUCAACCUCAACCAUGUUUACACGAAGUCCCUUAUGCUGCACCAACAAACUUAUUGAAGCAUUCACCAUAUUCUGCACCUAAACAUCAGGUUCCUUAUGCACCACAUGAUCAAUCGGAUUUUAGUCAAUACGUUUAUCCUAGUUCAUCGCUAGCUGCGAUUCUUUCACCCAUUGUUACUCACCGUUGGCAACAUCCACAACGCCAAUCACUCCGUCACUCAGACCAUGGUCGUGGUUUAAGACAACAACAGUCUCAACCAAUGAAUGCAAGGUCACCUGAUCCAAUUCAUAUACCGCUAAUGGAGCGUUCAACUAGUCAUGUGCAACUGUCUUAUCCUCAAAACAAUUAUAGAUUAGCGUCUCCAGUGGAAACUGGCUUGACGAAUACACAUUCGACCUGUCGUCCUUCUAAUUUAGGUUACUCUCUGCAAUACAUACCUCGUUCUAAAAAUGUUUACCCGGGUCGUUGCGAUCUUAGCCCAGGUUUCGACUAUUCAAAUGAAGCUCACCCAAAUCCACUUUUGCACUGUCAUUGUUAUCCUGCAACAACAAUAAAUGAGUAUUUUCGUCGAGCUGCUAGUCUUGGAGUUUCAUCGUGGAAUGUCGAUCCUCUAUGGACUACAGCACCAUCAAAUGAACGAUUAUUUCGAGCAGAUGAACUUAAUGAUGAUGAAGCUUUAUAUUUACACGAAUCAGACGCUCCGAGCUCCCGACGUAAUAUCCUAACAAAUCAGCUGCAGGCAGAGAGAGCUCACUUCGCACUUCUUCAAACACAGUUUUCGCGACAACUGUGUGAUACAUGGGCAUAUUUAAAAGCCACUCGUGGCCAACAAGUUGAUAAGUUUGCUGAUUUCGGGACACAUUUGGUUGGGAACAAUAUGUACAACAAUCCUCCCCUAUAUGGCUGUGAACUACGACAUGACCCUGCUGGUGCUUCGGAUGGUGCAUCUACCGGUGGUGGUGGUGGUAACAUCUGCAAUAUGAGUGCUUCUGGUGCAUACGAUGGACAUGGUCAAUUUCAUAACACUAGCCCUGAACACCAUCUAUACGAAGCCUGUUCUCAACUAAAUGAAGAUGCUUCAUCAGAACGAAUAAAUAGUUGCAAAAAUCAAGGUGCUCAUGAUUUACAGUUACCAACUAACGAAAGAGUAUACGAAAACAAGCUUGAUAGAAAUACUAAAGGACCAGGACAAGAAUGGUCCUCAUCUGUUCUUCUACGACACCCACAUGCUGAUCCAAAUACUCAGUCAUCGCGACAAUGCUGA